AUGAGCUGGUGGUGGGCUAGAGCUGUUGCCGAUGCCAGGAAGAAAUAUCAAGGAGUUGACACGUCAGCACCACAAGGCCAAAGGAGUGUGGGGCUAGUGAUCGGCGUGACGGGCAUAGUGGGUAACAGCCUAGCUGAGAUCCUCCCUCGCCCUGACACACCCGGCGGCCCGUGGAAGGUGUACGGCGUCGCCCGCCGUCCCCGCCCAAACUGGAACGCUGACCAUCCCGUUGACUAUAUCCAGUGCGACAUCUCGGACCCCGAAGACACAAAGGCCAAGCUCUCUAAAUUAACCGACGUCACGCACAUAUUUUACGUGUCAUGGGCCAACAAAGCCACCGAGGUCGAAAAUUGCGAGGCCAACGGGGCCAUGCUCCGCAACGUGUUAGGCGUCGUGAUCCCUGUGGCGCCAAAUAUCCGCCACGUGUCGUUGCAGACUGGCACCAAACACUAUAUUGGGCCGUUCGGGUCAUUUGGCAAGAUCAAAGCCCAUGACCCGCCUUUUACUGAGGACCUGCCGAGGCUGGACGUUCCCAAUUUCUAUUACACUCAGGAGGACAUAUUGUUUGAUGAGGCUAAGAAAAAGGAGGGGUUGAGUUGGUCGGUCCAUAGGCCCAAUACCAUUUUUGGGUUUUCUCCUUAUAGCUUGAUGAACGUAAUUGGGACGCUUUGCGUCUACGCUGCUAUAUGUAAGCAUGAGAAGAAGCCUUUGAAAUUUCCCGGAAGCAAAGCGGCUUGGAAUUGCUUCUCGGUGGCUUCGGAUGCGGAUUUGAUCGCGGAGCAGCAUAUCUGGGCGGCUGUGGAUCCGUACGCAAAAAACGAAGCGUUUAAUGUGAACAAUGGGGAUGUGUUUAAGUGGAAGCAUGUUUGGAAGGUGUUGGCGGAGCAGUUUGGGAUUGAGGAGUAUGGGCUUGAUGAGGAAGAGGGUGAGAGGAGGUUGAGCUUGGUGGAGAUGAUGAAGGGGAAAGGUGGUGUGUGGGAAGAGAUUGUGAAGAAGAAUAAGCUGCAGCCAACAAAGUUGGAGGAGGUAGGGGUUUGGUGGUUUGCUGACAUCGUGUUGUGUGUUGAGUCUGCGUUGGACAGUAUGAACAAGAGCAAGGAGCAUGGCUUUUUGGGUUUCAGAAAUUCCCAAAAGUCCUUCACUUCCUGGGUUCAAAAGAUGAAAGCUUACAAGAUUGUUCCAUGA